AUGGAUGAUGUCCCAUUUACCGUCCCCAACGUAAUAUUAACCCUCAAGGAGUUCCUCAUCGUGUGGUUGAACCAAGUUCUCUACACAAGCAAUAUAUACCCUACAGAAUCAUACACGAAACGAAAAUCGUUCGAUGUCAUAGUUCACAUAACUCGAAGUCCAUCGCUACAAAAAUAUUUGGAAGACUUUGUUGACGAAUUCCUAAAUGUUUUGGUUAGCGAUGAGCCAUCCAGCAAGUCAGGAAAUGUCUGCCUGCUCAUAAUUGUUCUUUUCGAACAAGCAAACAACAAAGUUAAAGAGAAAUAUUGUGUUAAAAUGGACCAUUUUGUUAGUCUUGGAGAUUUGAAUGUUGAUGUUUCCACCAUCAAAACUCGUCUGUUUGAAGCUGAAACUCAAAAAAUUAACAUUGUGGGAUUCGACUGGAAUACGGUGUAUUCUGACCUUCGUUCUUUGUUGUCUCAGCAUGUUCAGGAAUUACUGCGUAGACAAUCAAAUCGACUUCCAUUCAACGACAUUUUUUUCAAGGCUGUUAUCGACACUUCAGAACAUGUAAACUUGUCAGCAUCGGAGAAAUGGGUCAAGGUUGGAGACACAAGGCUGCCAGCAACUCAAUUGCCCAAGGUGGUACCUAUUGGCCAAGUAAGCACUGGGUUUUUACAGUUUGGGUGUGUGAACGAGUAUGCGAAAUAA